UAUACUCUGUUGCUGUCGAUAACAUAUCUUUCGUUUACCAGUUUAUAACCUGAAUCGAAGACAAUUAAAAUUAAGAAUUAUCGAUACCUAAUGAAUUAUACAAAAACAUGUUAUGAAAAUCAACGUAAUCACAUGGAAUAUGUAUGUACAAUAACGACAACGAUAAAAAUUCAGGACGUCGAAAAACUGGGAAUGCAAUUGGGUUUCACUUUUGGAGGGAGAAAUUUCCAUAAUGUAUCACUGGGUCAAGGUCAAGAACCCAUAGCGGAAGAAGCCAUAGAACUUUCCGCGAACGAAGGCCACUGGGUAAUUUUGCAAAAUGUCCAUUUAGUGAGGAAAUGGUUGCCUACAUUGGAAAAAAAGAUGGAACAGUGCUCGGAGAAUCCACAUGAUGAUUAUCGUUUGUUCAUUAGUGCGGAACCCAGUCCUGAUCCUCAUGAAUCAAUAAUACCUCAGGGUAUACUAGAAUCAGCCAUAAAGAUUACGAACGAACCACCAUCUGGAAUUCAAGCGAAUAUUCACAAAGCGUUGGAUAACUUUACCCAGGAAACUUUGGAGUCCUGCAGCAAGGAAACCGAAUUCAAAGCAAUAUUAUUUGCACUUUGUUAUUACCACGCUGUACUUGCAGAACGUAGAAAAUUUGGGGCGCAAGGAUGGAAUAGGUCCUACCCAUUCAACUUCGGUGAUCUAACAAUCAGCGUAUCUGUAUUAUUUAAUUACCUGGAAAAUAGUAUCAAAGUACCUUGGGAGGAUCUUCGUUACUUAUUUGGAGAAAUAAUGUAUGGAGGUCACAUAACAGAUGAUUGGGAUAGAAGACUAUGCAAGACAUAUUUAGUAGAAUAUUUGAAAACGGAAUUAGUCGAAGGUAUAUAUGAUAAUUCACAAUAAUAUUUCCAAUGUAUUCGAUUUAUUAAAUCUAUUUUUAAGUACAAUUUUUCUAUAAAACUUUAAGUUUGUAAAUACUUUAUUGGUCUCUUCUUAUAAUAAUCAAAACUUUUUAAUAUUGAAACGAAAUAUGCUUUAUAUCAGUAAUUC